UCUUGCGUGGGACAAUAUGUUCAAGAGAAUGGCCGAAUUUGGGCCUGACUCCGGCGGGAGAGUGAAGGGGGUUACCAUCGUUAAGCCCAUAGUUUAUGGUAAUGUUGCUCGAUAUUUUGGGAAGAAACGAGAAGAAGAUGGACACACCCAUCAGUGGACAGUCUAUGUGAAACCAUAUAGAAAUGAGGAUAUGUCAGCAUAUGUGAAGAAAAUCCAGUUUAAGUUACAUGAAAGCUAUGGCAAUCCUUUAAGAGUUGUUACUAAGCCUCCAUAUGAAAUUACUGAAACGGGAUGGGGUGAAUUUGAAAUAAUCAUCAAAAUAUUUUUCAUUGACCCUAAUGAAAGACCUGUAACCCUGUAUCAUUUAUUAAAGCUGUUUCAAUCGGACACCAAUGCAAUGUUGGGGAAAAAGACAGUGGUUUCAGAGUUCUAUGAUGAAAUGAUAUUUCAAGACCCAACAGCAAUGAUGCAGCAGUUAUUAACAACAUCUCGUCAACUAACAUUAGGAGCCUAUAAACACGAAACAGAAUUUGCAGAACUUGAAGUGAAAACCAGAGAAAAAUUAGAAGCUGCCAAGAAAAAAACAAGCUUUGAAAUUGCAGAGCUUAAGGAGAGAUUAAAAGCAAGUCGCGAAACUAUAAAUUGUUUAAAAAAUGAAAUCAGAAAACUUGAAGAAGAUGAUCAGACGAAAGACAUAUGAACAGUUCUGAAGAAAACCUGGUUGAAGACUAAAGUGAAAAUGAGGGUGAUUUUAAUGACGAAAUGGACUUGGUGCAAAUGCUGUGUUGUUUCUCAGAGGAGCUGCACAUGUGCGUGUUGACUUUGGAUUUCUCAGCGAAGGGUCAAAAGCAUCGGUACUAUUCGAGCACCCUGUAACCACACGUCUAUGUGUAUAGUAGGAAUAGAUGUGGAAUAGACCAACUCAUCUUAGGGAACUUCUUUGACGUUAAGCACAAUUUUAACAACUUUUUAUUGUGGUAUAAGUGUAGGUUAUUAGCCUUUGACAGGUAUCAAAAUUUCAUAAUACAGUAUAACUUGUAUAUAUUUUGUACUUCUCUAGUAGUCAGAAUUAGUGAUAAAACGAACAUGUGUAUUUCAUUUCUUUAACUUCUUACCUGUCCCAUGCUUUCUCUUUUGUAUAUGAUGUGUCCAGUAAGUACUCAAUAAAAGUAGUUCUCAGAUCCCA